AUGGCCCCCAAGGGGCUGCUCUUCCUGGCUGCUCUGUUUGUAGGAGCAUUCCUUGCAUUCCCAGGCAGCACAACGGGCCAACUUCUGCUGGCAGGUCGCCAGUCGCCGCCUCCGCCCUCCCGAACCGUCAACGUCACCGUGUACGUGGAAGGUACUGUCGUUGUCUACGUCUCCCAUGGUCAUCCCAAUCAGAGCAGCAACGUGACCGCUGCGAGGCCGCCUCCUAAGAUGGAGAUUACCCACACCUUGACCGACAAGAUGCCCAACGGCAUUGACACGGUCGCCAUGCGUAUCGACUUCGGAGGCAAAGCUGAUUCUUUGCUGACGACUGGCGAUGUGAUCCGCACACCCAUCACGAUCGGGCUCAGUGCAACUCAGGCUACACAACUUGGCCUGGCUACUGGAGGAUCCAAAUCCGGUCGCCGGCUCCUUAGCGAGGCACAUGAGCGCGCCAGACGCAUGGUGCUGGAAUUCCACAACACCCGGCGCUCCCUGCAGCAAGCCAAGAGCCUUCUGGACUUGCUUCGCAGCCUCAACGUUACAUCACUGGGGCAAUCACCCAAAUCAUCCGUCGAGAAUGUGCAAGUCCUCGCCCGGGCGACCAACAAGGAUCUGUUCGUCGUGAACGGGCAGCAGCAAAACAUCAGCUCACUGACGUUUGUGUUUAAGAGCACGUCUUGCGGUGUGUUCCCCGCCCUGAACGCGACCGCGGUACGGCAAUGGUGGUUUGAUGGCGGCGGCAUUGUCGCUACCAUGCAGCGCUACUACAACGCUUGCUCGUACAACCAGGUAACUUUCCGACCGGAAAACAAUUUGGUGUUCGACGUUGACAUCCCUUGCAUGGGCAACGUGUCCAUGGGCAUCUACGACCUUAAGAAUGGCAGUGGCAACGGCCGUAACCUUGAUAACGAAUUGUACGGCAUGGUCGAGCUUGCCAAGCAGUACCUGCAGACAAACCAACCUGCGUUGUUCAGUCGUUGGUCGAGCUUCCGCCGGAAGAUCUUCUUUUUCCCCUUCAACUGGUUCAAUAAAGAAGCGGCCACAUUCGGAGGACUGGCCGUAAUGGGUUGCAGCGCGGGCGCCGAAUGUUACACUUGGAUUAACAACGGUAUCCAGGACCAGGGGGUAUAUACGCCCGUCCUUUUCCAGGAACUCGGGCACAACAUCGGCCUGUCGCACUCCUCCCGUUGGGACUGUCAGGCGUCAAUCGACGGAAUUAGGAAUGUGAACUGCACUUGGAACGAGUACGGCGACCCCAUGGAUCCCAUGGGUACCGUACCGACGAAGGACAUACAGGAGGAUCUCACGUGCACCAAUGCGCCCCAGGCCUACAAGGCCGGCUGGGCAAGGCCCAUCGCCAAUGGCCAGUUGAACUUGCUCGUGGACCUCAAGCCCGGCAUUCCCCGUGACUUCACACUACCGCCCAUGGCCCUCAGCCCGAACAACAUGUUGCGGAUAGUCACUGACGGGACGACGAAUAACAAUGCGACUUCGCGAGCACUGUUCGUGUCGUUCAGGGUCAACCAGGCUGCCUCGGGUGCAUAUGACUCAGGCCUAGGUUCUGAUUGGACUCACUUCGCCUGGGUGCACGAGUUCAAUGACACGGGCAGUGGGAUCCCCGCCAACUUGAGAUCUCCACCGGUCGUUAUGGCGGCGCUCGUAGCCAAUGCGCGUCAGCAACUCGCGAACGGGUUUGCCGUGACUCGCUUCACUCAGGUCCUGUCUAAUACAAGCGGUGUCAGUAUCACGUUGAAGAGCAGGACAGCAUCCCAAGCUGUCGUCUCGGUGUGCCGCUUCGUGAACCAAACAGAGGAGGGCUGGGAAACCUGCUCGGACGGCAUCGACAACGACUGGUACAUCUAUUUCUACAACACGGAAAUACAUACGCUGGUUCGCUAG